GUUUACUAGCACCUCUCCUCAAUAGUCUCAACAAAGUCUCAAUAAAUAUAAAAAAAGCUUACUUUUACUUUCGUCUUUUCCUCGUUUGCUAACGCUUUAUACUAUAUUUACAUCAUUAAAUACAGUUUCAUAAGCAAUAUUAUGUAAAGGUCACAAGUACUUAAUUAAUACAAUUUGUGUGUCUUUGUGUAAACGACGGUGAAGUUUUUAAAGAGUGAAAAUGUCCGUUGCUUUUGCACCGCGAGGGAAUCGACCUCAAUUAAGUCCAGCACAAAUCCAAAAAAUGUUAGAUGAAAAUGCACAUCUUAUACAAACAAUACAAGAAUAUCAAGCUAAAGGACAGUUAAUGGAAUGCCACCAAUAUCAACAAGUUUUACAUAGAAAUUUGGUUUAUUUAGCAACGGUGGCAGAUGCUAAUCAGAAUAUUCAAGCUCUUUUACCGCCACCACAUCAAUUGGCUGCUGGUAAUGUUCAACAAGGUCCACUUAACCCACCUACCAGUGGAGCGGAAGUCCCAGGAUCACCUCAGCAACCAUACAGACCACCCUCUGGAGUUUCAUCUACUCCAACUAGACCAACUCAAUCAUAUGGUCAAAGGCCAUACCCACAAAACCAAUACCAAGGACAGUAUCAAGGUGCACCAGGUGUUUACCCACCUCAGGGAGGCUAUGGACCUCCAGGGCAAGGAUAUGGACCUCCUAACCCUUCUCAACAGCCACAGGGUUAUCCUCCUAAUUCAACUUAUGGACCUCCCAUUACUACUUCGCCCAAUAACUAUCCUCCAUCUACACACCCAGGCCCUGGGUACCCCCCAUCUUCGAGUCAACAACCUUAUGCACCUCCACCAGGUAGCCCAGCUGCAGCGGGGUCACCAUAUCCAGUGCGUGGAUCAAGUCAACCAGCAUACACAGGAAGUUCGGGUUAUCCACCUCCUCAAUCAGGUCCGAAUUACCCCAAUGUUGGUGUAAGUUCUUAUAAUUCGACAACAUCCCAGCCCCAGCCAUAUCAAUCACAACCAUUCCCAAAUACAACCCCAACAUCUGCCUAUAGUUCAACACCUAUUUCACAACCCAAUCGCUCUCCACAACCUCCUCCUAGUGGCUAUAGUUCACAGAACCCUACAAGUACAGGAUAUGGCUCACCAUCUGCUCAAUCUCCAACAUACAAUUCUAGUUCUCAUGGAAAUAAUUUACCUCCAUCAACAGUUGCAUCAGGUGCUCCUCCACAAAGUGGUCCUCCAAGUCAGCAAUAUCCACCAGCUGGCCAACCAUCUCCUUAUCCUCCAGCAACCCAACCCCCGUAUUCUAAUCCCUCAUCCCAGCCAGGAAGUCCAGCUCCUUCAGUAUCAACUGCACAGCCUCCACAAUCAUCAUAUCCUCAAAAUCCACAAAACUAUCCUCCUGCAGGUGGAGCUUAUCCUCCUCAUGCAUACCAACAAGGCUAUCCCCCUGCUCAAUACCCACCGUCUCCGUAUCCUUAUGCUCGUGCGCCUGCACCUGGUGCACCUCCACCUGGAGCACCACAACCAUAUCCAGGCUACGGCUUUCAGCCUCCUAAUCAGCAAUAGUAAUAGUAAUAUUUUAAGCUAAGCAGUCAGUUGUUAAGAAAUGUUGCCUUCAUUAUUAAUUGCUUGAUCUUACUGGAACCAUUACAUAAUAUCUAUCUUUUUAAAAUAUGGAUUUCAAACAAAAAUUACAUACUACUAAUUUAUAUUAGAGUAGUUUUCAGUUAUUUAUAAUGAACAAAAUUGGCCUCUAUAGAAAUAAAGAAUGUUUGAAUGAACUUUCAAUAAAUAAGUAAAAACUAACAUUGUAAGAAUUAUUGAGAUUGCUGUAGUUUUAAUGUAUGUUAGGAUUUACAAUACUAGGAAAUAAAUAAUAAAUAUAAUUAAAAACACAA